UUGCGGAGAACCGACUGCGCUGAGAUAAUAAUAGCCAGAUUUCUACCACUGUAGUCAACAGCACCGGGAUCUGAGUUGUUUGUUUCAAUUAACACGGGGCAGACAACGUGGCUGGAAACGGAGUCUGCAAGACGUCAGUCUAUCUAGUGAGCUGCCUACAUAGACAGCUUUUUUGGACAUCAUACCGCAUUCGUGCGCGCUCCGGGCAGCAUUCAUUCACUGUCGCUGUCCACACACGCAUGUACAGUAUGUGUGAACGUGCGGAGAAGUUGAAGAUGCCACUCUGAAUCAUCUGGGCGCUUGGAUCGACGAUAACAAGCCAUUUUCUAUGGAUCCACUGAUCGUCAUCUUCUCAAACCACAAGGCUCGUUCCUACAAGCCCAUCUGAGUCCUGCAAGCAGAUCACACCGGUAGUGUUUCCAUCAUGAGACUGGUGUUGAAGUACUUGGACAAGAUGAGAUGUUUCCGGAAACGUUCUACCAUUCCUUUUCUGGUGGCUCUCAUUACCUUCCUGCUCUUCAUAAACCUCUACAUCGAGGAUGGCUACGUGCUGGAGGAAGACAAACGUCAGUUACGAGAAACCUCAAUGCAUCCACUGAACUCAGAGCGAUAUGUUCAUACCUUUAAAGAUAUCACCAAUUUUUCUGGAACAAUCAACGUGACUUAUCGGUACCUUGCUGGAACACCUUUACCUCGAAAGAAGUAUCUCACCAUUGGAUUGUCGUCUGUGAAAAGAAAACGAGGAAACUAUCUGCUGGAGACCAUCAAGUCUAUUUUUGACCAGUCAAGCUACGAGGAGCUCAAAGAGAUUGUUGUGGUUGUCCACUUGGCAGAUUUUGAUCUGGCAUGGUGCGAGAGCCUAGUUCAGGAAAUCUCAAGGAAGUUCGGUCACCAUAUCAUUGCAGGACGGCUGCUAGUUAUCCAUGCACCUGAGGAAUACUACCCAUCCCUGGAUGGGUUGAAGAGAAAUUACAAUGAUCCGGAGGAUAGGGUACGCUUCCGCUCCAAACAGAAUGUAGAUUACGCGUUUCUGCUCAACUUCUGCACCAACCUGUCAGAUUUCUACAUGAUGUUGGAGGAUGAUGUGCGCUGUUCUCGAAACUUUCUCACCGCCCUGAAGAAAGUGGUAGCAUCUAGGGAGGGAUCGUAUUGGGUGAUGCUGGAAUUCUCCAAACUGGGCUACAUAGGGAAGCUGUACCACUCACGAGACCUUCCCAGACUUGCCCAUUUCCUGCUCAUGUUCUAUCAGGAGAUGCCUUGCGAUUGGCUUCUUAUCCAUUUCCGAGGCCUACUGGCCCAGAAGGAUGCGAUUCGCUUCAAGCCUUCCCUUUUCCAACACAUGGGCUACUAUUCCUCUUAUAAGGGGGCAGAAAACAAACUUAAGGAUGAUGACUUUGAGGAAGACUCCCUUGAUAUCCCAGACAACCCACCUGCCAGUUUGUACACAAACAUAAAUGUAUUUGAGAGCUAUGAUGCUGCCAAAGCUUACAGUAGUGUGGAUGAGUACUUUUGGGGCAAGGCUCUGUCCACUGGGGACUUUUAUGUAAUAGUGUUCAACAAGGCAACUAAAAUCAGCAGAAUCAAGAUCAUCACGGGAACGGAUGAUCGGCAGAAUGAUAUUUUGCAUCACGGAGCUCUGGAAGUGGGGGAGAAAUUAGUAGGAACCAAAAAGGGAAGGCAGUGCUCCUCUUAUAUAACUUUAGGGGAGUUUAAAAAUGGAAACAUUGAGGUUCAUGGUGUGGACCACAAGAUAGCAUUUGAUAUUGAGUGUGUUCGCAUUGUGGUAACUGCAAGUCAGAAAGAAUGGCUUAUCAUUAGAAGUAUAAGCCUCUGGACUACACAAGGUGCCAGUCAAUGAGAACUUUUUUGAACCGUAGCUAAAGGCACAAGUAUCUGUUUAUUUAUCUUUUUAUUUAUUUAUACAUUAUUUAUUCACCUGAGAAAUCAUUAUUUAUUCAAAUUCAUUCAGACUAUUUUAAAGGCAGUACAAUA